GAAUACAAUUAACGUGGCGUGUAGCAUUUAGAUACUCAGCCGCGCGCUCCCGGAAUACCUACCUCUCGCCGGUCCGUUUCGUUCUUCGGACCGGAAAUAUAAAAGCACGCUGAAAAAGAGCUCUGGCGUUGCUCCAAAAGCCGUCGUCCGAGCCGACGUGACUCUCCGAUUCUGUUUGCUGCGGAAUGGGCAGCAAACAGUGCAGCGGGGCGGACAAAAGUUUUCGGCGAUUAUUCCCUCGUGCCUCUCGUGCGGACCGUUGACUUUUGUAGGCGAGUGGCCGAGGUAGAGAACCGGGCAAAAGGGAAGUGUGUCAGAAUAUGAGAAAUCGCCGUGUCCCCGCGGAGUAGCCGGUGAAGCGAUCCCGAUGCAAGAGAGGCGAUGUAAACGUCCUGGGGGAGAAAGUACAUGUUAAAUGUGCAAAAUUACAUGGGAUAUAUAAAUGACUGCGUGUUAUGUAUCUCCAGAAGUGACCAUUGUCCUGAGCAAGGAAGAGAUUCAUAGGAGAUACCAAGAUACCGCUAUGACCAUAUUUAAGGAGGAACAAGGUAGGAAGAAAAAAAUCGCCAGCUACCUUAGUUUUGGAAACAGUCGCAGGACAAUGGAAUACAGUAACAACGGAAAUCACCCCGUUAUCGUACGCAAACCUGUGGAUUCUGGAAUUACGCAGAACGCUCCCUUAUCUUCACGAAUGUCAAUAGAAUAUCGCAAGCCGGGCGAGAGAUGCGCGAUAACUUAACGAGUAGAAAAUGUUACAAUUUUUUUGUUCAAUAAACUUAGUUUUCGUUAACAUUACGGUGUCGAUUCCCCUUUGCAUCACAGUUCUUGGUAGGC